UCUACGUUCGGCUGAUACGUUGUAUAAUUUGAAUUAUCGCACUCACUUAUCUGGUUCUCAUUACAAGCUUCAGCCGCGAUUCGCGCGCGUCCACAGAGACGCACAAACAAACCAACACAGGCACAUACACAAACGCACAAACAAUCCCCCCCCCUCUCUCAUGGUUGCAAAUAUGACCCUUCGGAUGCUCUGCUUGUCGUUGCAGGAGCACGUGCACCAUAUGUCGCGAGUGUCACUCGUGCUACCGACAGCCAGAGGCAAGCAGUGUGUGACGGACGUUGUAAACGUACCCAAUUAUAGAGACGACGCAGUGGGACUUGUUUAAGCGUCAGGUUGUUGGCUAGUUGCAAGAGAUCAAAUUCAUUGUACUAAGCAUGAAACAUCGAUUACUAAUGCGACACGUAUUUGCUUUCACUGGCCUGUGGACGGAGCGGGUGCUGCUUACAGACGCCAUUGCAGGAACACCAACGCCCACUCUCAUCGCCCGCUCUCGCUUAUCAACUGGCAAGUCAUUUUCGAAAAUCCCACCGUAUAUACGUUUUUAACGAUGAAACUAGAAUUUCAUAUCAAUGCAGAAAAUUCGCAAGAGAAAUAAAAGCACUUCACGUCAAUAGAUAAAAAAUACAAACGCCUCAUUCAGGCGCAGAGAAACGACUGUCUAUAUCACAUGUGCGCAUCUUUGCGCAAAAUAAUGAUCUAUAUAUGUUACCUGCUUCCCAAGUGCUGUUUUAUAUUCUCUAACGUGUUCUGUUUUAUUCUUUACCUUGACACAUGGGCCUUUUUUUUUACACAGCUUGGAGUUUUACAAAUAACGGGUCAGAUUUGGGUGCACGUUAAGGAAUCAAUCCCAGGUGGUCAAAAUUUCCGGAGCCCUACACUACGGCGUCUCUCAUAAUCAUAUAUGGUGGUUUUGGGACGCUAACCCUCACAUAUCAAUAAAUCAAUAACAGAAUUCAUUCUCAACAGAAGUUUUUGUUGCGUCGACAGUGCAUGCCUAGUCCAUUCACUGGUAUCGUCCAUUUUCGCAGAUCGUUGCGACAGGCCUUCAUUCUGCAGGGGACAUAAAAUAGGCUACAAAACGAUUCACGACGACGAUCCGAACAGUAGCAACCCCGUGAAGGUUAUUGCUUCAUUUUAUGACGUGGCAAUAAAUGCGGCAUAUGCAACCAGAAAUGCAACCCAUACGUCAUCACUAGCUAAGCAUGGCAAAGGCGAGCGCACCGAGCUGAUUAUAUAGUGAACGAUGACUUGCGAGAAGGGAGAUCGGAAAGUGCCGCGUCCUUCGUGAGCGCCACGACCAGUGCGAACGAAUGAUUGACCUCACAAGGCAACAAGGUUGAAAUGAAGUCGAGAAGGUUUCUUUUUAUCCACCUUGGCGCGGAGAACAUGUUUUGACGUGUGAUGAACUUCGUCCUUACUGCAGUAUACUUUCCUUCACAGGUAUCGACCACUAUACACAAUGCACGAUGCCCGCUAGCGUGCGAUAUCUUUUUCAAGGAACACGCGCUAUGACGUCAAAGCUUCGGUGCGAAGACUUAGGAAUAAGCCAUUUCCCACGCUGCAGCAGCGCGAGAGAAGCGGGAAACAAUUUUUUUUUUGUCUCUCACGAUCCUUCCCAUUCAAAGGAGCAGCGUUCUUUACCGGCCACACGUGCCUCGUCGUCUCGGACUCGCCAGUGUUCUCGAAGUGUUCACGAUUGGAAAUUAGAAGGCAAAGAACGGGAAGUGUUACAAGCGGGAAAACCAAGAUGAAAUUGUUUUACUUUCUUUCAGUUUCGCCUCCUCACACGUUUCGCAUACAUCGCUAUAUAUAUAUAUAUACAUGUAUCCUUCAAACCCCGAUCAGAUCCCACCUCGCCGGUAUUCCACUGAAACGGCAUUCGCUCCAAGUGACCCGUUCGCCGGCGCCGCACAGUGGACGCACAUGGCAUCCCUGCAAAAGCUCAGACAGGCGUCGCAGAUGGCCGAAUGGUUCGACUACUACUUCGCGUCGCGCAGAGAUCCACGAACCAGCGGAUGGGGAGGCGUACAAGAUGCGCGGAUUGUGUUUCCGCUUUUGAUCGGCUACGUCUACUUCGUCAAAAUCGCUGGGCCCCGCUGGAUGAAAGACCGCAAGCCGUUUAACCUCAGGUGGGCCGUACUGACGUACAACGCGCUGACCGUGCUGGCCAACGCCUACUUCACCGUGAAGCUAUUCGGACUGACGUACGCCAGCGGCCACUACAGUCUGUUCUGUCAAGGCAUCAACUACAGCUCGCCCACCGAGACGGACGUGGCCAUUCUGAAGCUCGGCUGGUGGUACAGCUUCGUGAGGAUCGGCGACUUCUUGGACACCAUAUUUUUCGUGCUGCGCAAGAAGAACUCGCAAAUCACCUUCCUGCACGUGGCACACCACUUCCUGGUCGUGUUCAGCGCGUGGUUCUACAUGAACUUCGGUGGUGACGGCCAGACGGCGCUCGGCGGGUGCGUGAACGCAUCAAUCCACGUCAUCAUGUACUCGUACUACUUCCUCGCUGCCCUGGGGCCUUCAAUGCAGAAGUACCUGUGGUGGAAGCGCUACCUGACCAAGCUGCAGAUUGCCCAGUUCGUGGGCCUCAUGUUGCACAUGACGAUUACGCUUUUCUACGACUGCGGAUACCCGAGGCGACUCGCGCUGCUGGCGCUGUCGCAGGGCCUCUUGGGCCUGGGGUUGUUCAUCAACUUCUACGUGCAGAGCUACGUCAAGCCUAGAAAGUCAAAGGCGGAAAGAAAGAAGACUGCGUAAGGCCGUUCAACACGACAAUCCGAUUCAAAGCGUCAGGGAGUGUGCGCGAUUAAGUGAAUUAUGAACAUUCACUGACAUCAUGGACCUGCACGGUUACACAUAGGACAUUAUUGCGAGUCUUGAAAGCGGAGAACAGCUAUAGUAGGCGCUGCAGCAAAUAAUGUUAUUCAAUGAUGUGGACAUAGGCACGGUGUCAAAGGUGCACUCUUUCAACGUUCAGACGUCCUCCAGACCUAAGAGACCGGCAGCUGCCAUUCAGGCUGGUACUUGAAAUAGACAGGAUUGUUUCUAUGUGUUUCCGCUAUGUAAGUUCUCUUCCUUGUAAAUAAUGCAUUAUUCAUACGUUUUAAAUAAACGAGCACAUUGAGAACUGUGGUUUUUGUUCUAUAACUAGAUACAAUUGCAAAUAAACCAUUACACAAUGAA